AUGGAGGAAGGAGCUUCCAAUGACCAUGCGGAUAAUGGACAUAUUUCUGAUGAUGAUGAAAACAAAGAAAUGCUAAAGAUGGCACUCUCAAGUUAUCAUCCGUUGAAAGGAGAGGAAGAAGCUCCUCCAUUGUUUUGUCCAAAAUGUAAAGAGUCCUUUUAA